AUUUUAGUAGAUAGAUAAUAACGUACAUAUAAACAAAUAAAUACUUAAAUAGAUAUGUACACAGUUACAUUUUUUAAUAACAAUAAAACCUAAAAAAACACAGCACAAGUGCAAGUGUUCACAAAUGAUAUAAACCGAAAAGAUAUAAGAUUGUAUCAGAAAGUACGGGAGUUCGCGAGCCGCUCUUGUGACGUCAUCACCCUUGCACCGGAGCAGGAAGUGCCGGCGGUCGGUGGGACUCUAAACAACCUUCUGUUUUUGCUGCGCACUUUUAGGCUUUACCGAGCAAACAUGUAACGGUACAUCCUCCAGCCGAACCACAAUCCACCGAAUCACACCCGAGCUCAAGCCCAUGACGGCCGGGACACUCUAGCGGCGGCGUUGUGACUCGUUUACCGGAGGAGAGAUGAAGAAGGUGCGGGGCUGCGGCAUGCGGAGCGCCGUCGGGUUCCUCUCCCGCAGGACGAUCGGCGGACAGCCGCAGCUAAAGGAGGACUUCCAGCGGCGCAGACUGGCCGGCUGCUCCAGCCUCUAUAAGAAGGACAUGCUCGGGCACUUCGGCUGCGUCAACGCCAUCGAGUUCUCCAACAAUGGAGGCCAGUGGCUGGUGUCCGGUGGAGAUGACCGCAGGGUGCUGCUGUGGCACAUGGAGAAAGCAAUACACUCACGAGCCAAACCAAUCAAGUUGAAGGGAGAGCACCUGUCCAACAUCUUCUGCCUGGCGUUUGACAGCACCAACAAACGCGUUUUCUCAGGAGGAAAUGAUGAGCAGGUGAUACUGCACGACGUAGAACGCGGAGAGACGCUCAAUGUCUUUUUGCAUGAUGAUGCUGUGUACGGUCUGUCCGUCAGUCCUGUGAAUGAUAACGUCUUCGCCAGCUCGUCUGAUGAUGGCCGAGUUCUCAUAUGGGACACACGAGAACCGCCACACGGAGAGCCGUUCUGCUUGGCCAACUACCCCUCAGCGCUCCACAGCGUGAUGUUUAACCCUGUAGAACCCCGUCUGCUGGCCACUGCUAACUCUAAAGAGGGGGUGGGACUGUGGGACAUCCGCAAACCCCGCAGUUCUCUGUUGCGGUACGGAGGGAGUUUGUCUCUUCAGAGUGCCAUGAGUGUGCGUUUCAACAGCAUGGGGACGCAGCUGCUGGCUCUGCGCAGACGUCUGCCUCCUGUCCUGUACGAGCUCCACUCUCGUCUGCCCAGCUUCCAGUUUGAUAACCAGGGCUACUUCAACUCCUGUACUAUGAAGAGUUGCUGCUUUGCUGGAGACCAGGAUCAGUACAUCUUGUCUGGCUCAGAUGAUUUUAACCUUUACAUGUGGAGAAUUCCCAAUGACCCUGAAGCAGGAGGUCCGGGUCGAGUGGUGAACGGGGCUUUUAUGGUUCUGAAAGGUCAUCGGUCCAUCGUGAAUCAGGUCCGCUUUAACCCUCACACGUACAUGAUCUGCUCCUCAGGGGUGGAAAAAGUCAUUAAGGUGUGGAGUCCUUAUCAGCAGCCGGAUAGUGUUGGUGAUCUGGAAGGCCUGGUGGAGGACAAGUCUCGCUCUCUCUACACUCAUGAGGAAUACAUAAGCCUGGUCCUCAACAGCGGAAGUGGCCUGUCACAUGAUUACGUCAGCCAAUCAGUGCAGGAAGACCCCCGGAUGAUGGCUUUCUUCGACUCUCUGGUUCGGCGAGAGAUUGAGGGGUGGAGCUCGGACUCGGACAGCGAUUUGAGCGAGGGCGCCAUUCUACAGCUGCACGCGAGAGCCCGGCGGUCUACACGCUCCACACGCUCCACGCCUCGGUCUCCUGCUAUUGUAUCUGCCGCUCACCACAGCGACUCUGACCACUCCUCUUCAUCUUCAUUGGCUGGUCCGGAUGCAUCCGGGAGCGAGCGGGCCGAUCAAGAUAGGAGCGUUUCGCAGAGGAGUCGUACGAGACCGCGUGCGUCUGCUUUUCUGCUAGAUCUUGUGAACGAAGACUCCGAUUCCAGCGGUUUCUGGUUGGACCCUAUGCCCCGUCCCAGAUCUCCAAGUCCACGUGAGAACUCAAGCCUUUCUAGCCAUGCCUCCUCUGCAGGCGUGGCCUCCAGUUCUAGCUCCUCCCCCAGCUCGUCCUCUAGCUCCUCCUCCAGCACGGACGGUGUAGACGAGGAGCUGCGCAGAAGCAGGAUGCGACAGCGCAACGCAGCAAGGUGGAGGCGCCACAUGGGCGUUUCAGGAAGAGACUCCACAAACAAUCUUCACGGCGCAACAGAUUCGUCAAACUACCCCAGCAUUUCCAUCCAUGAUCCGUCCUCACCCUCUUCAUCCUCAGGCGACGAAGGCCGGCCUUUCAGGAAUCGUGGAAAAGAUAAACCAAGCGGACACGGCUCAAGUCCUACGCACUUAUCUGACAGACAAAUGCAGUCCAGAAGUAGACGGCGCUUCACUUCCUCUUUCUCAGCUGGUGAUGCUCCUUUGGAGAGGGCGAAAUCUCGAGUGGGCUUUCUCGCAGAGUCAGGGGAGGAACCGGACCGAGGGAGAACUAGCGGGGAAGAGUUAAGUGCUGUGGAGGAAAUAAACGUGACACUCAGCAGUCGCGCCACAGCAGCUGGGGUUAACGGACGUCCACAUGCAGAUGAGAACCAUGCAGACUCUAUUCACCCAGAAUGCUCUGGGUCAGAACUCAAUAAGAACCCUGGUGACUCCAAGACCCAGGGGGAGCCCUCUGGAAGGGAGAUCUCCAGUGUUUCUGGGAAACGGACUUGUUCGGACUCAGGAGACGAGGAGGAUUCUCAAUCGGAGAAGAGGGCGAAAACGUGGUGAUGUCACAGCACAACUCACUGACUCAGUCAAACUUUUUUUGAGUUGUUUAUCUUUGGACGUUUUUGGUUUAUUAUUUUUGAACCAACCUCCCUUUUUCUCUUUACCUGAUGUCAUGCAUUCUGGGGUCAAACCACAGUGAUGACACUAAAAAAAAGAUAUUAGUGAUAUAAUUAUGUUAUUGAAAGAAAAAAAAAUAACUGCAGUGCUUUUGGUUUUGUAAUAUUUCAGUUCCAUUGAACCUGUAACCUUUAUGUUGUUGGUUCUGGUUUUGUUUUGGGGCUGUGAGAAGAAGAAAAGUGAUUUGAAAGCAUUUCUACAAGGAUGCCUUUUCUGAGUCUGUAUGAGUGGAACUGGGGUGGGGAGGGGGUGAAAACAGUGUUUCCUUGGUAACCUCAUUGAGCAGCAGCUCAAUGAGAGUUGUGCAUUAAAGUUCUGUUCCAGUGUUUCCAUAGAAACCCUCUUGUUAUGUCUCUUCUUCCUCAUCGUCCGCCAUUUAAAUCAUAGAUAUGUAUAGGUAGAUGACUUAUUAGCAUCUUUUUAUGGGCCGCUGUAAGUAAGAGGUACAGCUACGUUGCCUGUUAAUAAUAAUGUUAAUAAUUCCUCACAUUUAUAUAGUGCUUUUCAAAGCAUUAUGGGGGUCUCUUCAUCCACCAUGUAGCAUCCACCUGGAUGAUGUGAGGACAGCCAUAUUGUGCCAUAGCUUACUGGUGGAGAGGAGACCGAAUGAUGAAGUCAAUCAGUAAAUAUUUGGAUUGUUAGGAGGCCAUGAUGGUCAGAGGCCAAUGGGCAAAUUUCGAAAGACAUCCUGGGAUUUUUAAUGACCACAGAGAGUCAGGAACUUGGGUUUAACAUCUCAAAUAAAGGACGGUGAUUUUUACAGAGUUUGUACAUGCUCCUACCAGUAACGUCGUUCUGCAAUCACAGAGGAGAUUACCAGUAAUUCACCAGUAUUGUUACAACUUUUCUGACCAGCAAAUUCCCAGAACAUAUUUACCUGUAUUUUUAAAAAGGUCCUGUUCACACAAGAUCUCUUAACGGUAGUUUGCCAGUAAAAUCUCUAGGAGUGAAAGAGGGUAUUGUGUCAACGACGAGCAGUCAAAUGUGGCAUCUAUCUUUACAUAUCUAUCAUUCUAAUCAUCAUCAAACAGGAAGUAGACUGUUGUUAUUUCUGUGUGAGUGUUCUAGGAUAUUCUGAUGUGAGAAACGUCACCAUGGUGAUGCAUCAGUAUCUGCUCUCCAUCUGUCUAAUGGAGCGGCUUGAAGGGCCGAGUGAAAGAUUAAUGAGAGCAUAUAUGAAAAUGUUGUAGGUCAGUGUAGGGCUUGUUGUAAACUCAUCCUCUACAGUCGACUGAUAGUCCAAAUCCUAAUCGAGUGUUUUGGCAUAAACGUUAAAGUAAUUCAAAAUUACAGGGAGAGUUUAUACCCAAAGGACACAAAUUUACCCACAAGUCACUGCUCACUAACUCAGUACUGCAUGAAGUUUGGAGUCUGGUUUGAUUAAGACUUUUUGCAUUUGGCUUAAUUAACCACAGAUGAACUUAUUGUGUGCUGUAUAUAAAAUAUUCCACUUUGCUAAGUGUAAGUGUGAAUAUAGAAAUGAAUGUAGAAUAUAUAGAAUCUAUUUGUUCUGAAAAAAAUAAGCAGGUAUUUAUUUAUUGAUAACAAGUGACAAAAUGUUUUUUUUUUAUUUGGGUACAUGGUUAAAUGUCUAUUCAUAGAUGAGUCUUGAAAAUGUUUUCACAUGAAUUUAAAGGCAGUACAAAUUAAAUCAAUAAUUAUUACAGUUUAAUAGGAAUUUCUGAAGGACCAUAUGACUAGAGUAAUGACUGCUAAAAAAAAUUUAGGUUUAUUGUCAUAAGAACAAUUGUGUUUUUGCAUUAAAAAUAUUUUGCAGUAUUA